AUGAGGGGGGCUGUUGAUGAGACAAUGAACGGUCCCGCCUUCUCCCCCCCGUUACAGGGCCUUGUGCUUUUGCGCUUGAUUCGUACCUGUGCGUUGGCCUUCGUUCGGGGUUUCUUAGCCCCCCCACAAAAUGUUCUUCCCCCCCACCUCCGCGAUGAGUUGGGUGCGGACCAUGACUUCCACAGGUUUCGCCUAAGCGAUGGUUAUCGUGACCCCUACCGGGUGUAA